GGACCAUCUAGGAGUUCUGGAACUUCUCAACUGGUUCGUUUCCUAUCACCGACUUCAUUGAGAAGCGUCAGAAAGACGGCCGCCUUCUCCAGGCCGACGGCAUCCGCAGCAAGAUCUUGGUGAUCAGCCCAGUCCCGGAGGAGCCGCGCAACGAGACGCCAUACAUGUCCGACUUCCUGAACUUGCAGCGGCUUUGUAGGUUGCUCCCACCUAUUUGCAGGUUCUUACGCUAACCACCUCCAUAUAGGUGUCGCUAUGACGAAGAUUCCCUGGAGCUUCCGGUCCAUCAUUCUCGACCAGAUUCCGUACCUCGACGUCUCCAUGUUCGAGAUGAUGAUCAACUCCAUGCCAAACUUGGAGACUGUCGUUGUCUCUCGCUGUCUCCUGCUUGACAUCACCAAGCUGAAGCCGUUGCUGGAUGUCAUCAUGCGCCAUCCACGCAGCCUAAAGGACGGCAGUAAGGCCACCAACCCUAGCUGCCAGGGGACUAGAUCCUCCACCGCAGCGUACAUCCGCUUCGACUUCUUUCCUUUCUUCUUCAAGGGGCCGAACUCUGCCAAACGCCUGGGCUCGUACGGUGUUACGUGGAAUGAACCUACGUUCAACACCCCCAAAGCCGUGUUCGCACUCAUCCUGCGGUGCUGGGAGCUUGCCAAAGAAGUGGGUAUGGACUUGGUGAGCGACAGCUCCUUGUUCUGGAGCUUCGUACGCCAGCUUCCCGGCCCCGACGUCCUUUGGGCCGUGAAGGCUCGAGAGGCUCUGCUCACCCGCGAGUACGACCUCGCCGAGGGCAAGAAGAGCAAGAAGGACAUCUGGAACAGCUUCGCAGACGACAUCACGGCGGCAUUGACGGGCGACAACCAGAAACACCCCAAGGCGCCAGAGCGGAUGGCGCGUUACCUUCCUUCCGACCACGGUGGCCCGUAUUACUGGCGAAACAAAGCCCGCUGCAGCGUAUGCAACUUCCAUUACCCCCUGUCGCUCUUCCCCAUUCGGCCCGGUGUCUGCUGGGGCUGCAAGGCGGAGUCGUUUCUCAAAGAGAUGGAAGAUAGCCAUCUGCGGCAGUGGCUGCGGAGCGUCAUCAGCAUAUGGUUGUACAACCUUGACCCUCGGAACACGACUCUCAACCAGCUGCUUUCUUCCAACAGGAAGCCGAUUCAGGACGCCGCGGAGGCUGAAGCAGAAAAUGCGGACCAUGUCUGGAGGUACUUCGUCAAUCUACCAUCAGCUAACAACGGCUGGAUGGACGCCAAACCGCUGUACUACCCGCCGCCGCCGCCGGGGCUUGCCAAGGAAGUAGCCGCUCUGAUCCGCUGGCUCUGGAAGUGCAGCCCAGCUACCGAGCCCUUCGACUACCGCGAAGGGGGGCCCCAGCGCAAGGAUCCUUGCAAGGAGCCGUUGUCCGUUGCCGACUUCCAAGACCCAGAUUGUGGCGGCGAGAUCAUGGAAAACUUCAACUUGCGUUGGAUGUGGUCCCCUCAGACCGACAGGGUCUACGCAGAGUACUGGGUGGAGAAGAACAAUCUCCCCCCGUUCACCGACAUGCGAGACCCUCGGGUCCAGGAGGAGCUGAGGUCCGCGCGGCAGGAUCCCAAGAAGUGCAGAAUCGCCAGGGACCUGGAGCGGCGCGCCCAGAACAAGCUGGACAAAGAAGUGUAUCGGUUCCACCACCCCCUCGUUGAGGACUGCCUCUACUCCAUGGGCACGCCGGGCUUCCGCCCGUUCAAUCUCGACCAGCCGGUCCUCGAUCCGGUGGUCAACAAGAAGGAGUACGACGAACUGAUCAGGUACCAGCAGUUCCAGUCGAGCCCCUAUGGCUAUACGAGCAUGCGGUCGAACUUCUGAAAGAGGUUCGCCGGUUCACCUGCCGCGGCAUCGUCGCGCGCGCUCCUCGAAAACAAGAUUGUCUCUUCUUCGCCUUUUCCCUCGCAAUACUUUCCGACGCCCUCUUACUCAGAACCUGAUGAAUUGAAUCUCGGGUCUUUCGUUACUUACCCCGACCUCAUCGGCAUACAUACAUCCGGAUUACCUGCAACCUCCGCCAGCAGCAACUGCCUCGCCCCAGACCGCG